AUGGAUCAGGCAGGGAUACUCAGACUGAGCAUCUGUGCUGAAGCAAAUCCAUACACUUUGCUGAAAAGGUGGCAAAUGCCUUCCCUGACAGGGGAGGGCCCCGGAGCCCGCGGGGGGCGCCGCUCGCAGACAAAGCCGAGCGGGGCCGCGGCCCGGCCGUGCGGGCCCCGCCGGGGCAGCGGCCCAGCCCGACCGCGGGGCCCGGGCGGCCGCCGGGGCGGAGGCGGGGCAGCACCGCCCGGGCCCCGGGAGGGACGGAGGAAGGGAAGGCUGCCGCCAUCCCUCCCCUCUGGCCGAGGCGCCGGGGCCACGGGAGCUGCGGCCAGCGGGCGCGACACACCCGCGCUCGGCCGCCAUGCAGCUCCCGGCGCGCCAUCUCCUACCUGCUCGGACCGGACCCAGCCCGGCGCUUCCCCCUACUACAGGCCGCGUCUCAUUGUGCUCCCGCCGCCGCCAUUUCCCCGCCGCCGCCUCAGUCCCCGCAGCUGUCAGGUCCCUCCAUUCACCUGGGCCCGGGACGGCCUCCCCCUCCCUCCCUUGCCCCUGCGCUACGGCCGGCGCUACGCAAACGGAGCGCCGCCCCCGCCCCUCCCGCCCGUACCAACGGGGGCCGCCCAGCGCCCGCGGCGCAACCCCGCUCCGAGAAUUCCGCCCUGCGCAGUCCGCACGCUCUGCAUCCCCCCACGCUAUGAGAGGAAGCCGGCGAUUGGCGGCCGCAGCCGGGUAAAAGAACUGUCCAAUCACACCGGUGGAAACCAGGCAUUUCGGCUCCGGUCUAAAAUGGGCUCUGAAGAGAUUCCAUCCUGUGCGACAAUGGUGACCUCUGUUGUUCCCUGCUGUCGGUACCAGCCACGAUGUCUUCUGACCCCGUGUCACACACCAGUUCAGAACAGCACUUUGAAACAAGCCGGCAGUUACCAAGGAAAUAGCUGCCCAAGUGUUGCAUUCUAGUUUCUGGCCAGGAAAGGAUGUGUCUCUUCUGCACUCCACUUGGGAAAUUUUUCCUUGAGGCUUUCCUCUCAAGAAGCCGCAGUCUGGCUACCAGGUUUUCCAGCUCAUAGCUGUGAAUCACUGCUGGAAAGAGCAGCUGCAAACAUUUUAAACCAUGUUGCUUAUAAUAACACCUGCAGGGUAUUAUGAGAAAAAGCUGCAGGUAUGAUUAUAGAGAAGGAAGUUGGAAGAAAGAAAGAACAUUCCAUUUCUAAAACUGAAGCUUAGAUUUUAACAUGGUGUUAGGUUGCAUGAAUCUUUGUCUCACCCUAAAAUGCAUUAAAAAAGAAAAAAAAUUGGCAUGCUUUCCCACUUCAGUGACCCAGACUUCGUAAUUUCAAGGAUAUUUUCCUUAGUGCAAGAAAAACUUUUUUUUUUUUUUUUUUUUUUUUUUUUUUACCUCGUUAAAUUACUGACAUGAGGAUAUGAGCUGAUGUAGUUUGGAAACUGACCCCUCUGUCUCCUGGCAGCAUUUCCCAGGCAAAGUUCGCUGCUUUUUCCUUGGAUUUCUCCAGACUGAUGAUCUCCUCCAUCAUCUUCUACUUACAGUUUCUAGAGUGUCUCUAGCACAGUGACACAUCACUAAAGAAACUAAACAAAUUUAAAUCACUGCUAAGGAAGAGGGAUGGAGAAAAAGAAAUGUUCUGUUAGGAAAGAAAUCAAUUUUUGACACCAUAUAGCUACCAGUAGCUGAAAAAAAAUGGGGAACAAAAUUUAUGUCAACCACAAGAUUUGUAUUCAACUCUGAGCUUGUAAUUCUGUUGGCUGUUCUGGAAUAGCCUCACAGAGAGAGAAUAUUUUUAAACCAAAAUUGGCUUCCAGCUCCUCUAGAAAUACUGGCUUUUUUUGAUGCCAUCAAAGCUACAAUGGGUUUGGAUACUGUAAUUAAUUUUCCUAUAAAUUUAGAAAUACAUCAAAAGUAGAAAAAGGAGGGAGUCACAAAAGACUUUGGUAUGACUACAAACAUCUCCUGAACAUGGGCAGCAAGAAGGAGCAGUUUUGCUCAGGUUUACUGAUGAUGUUAACCCUUGAAGAACUGAGCACUACACUGUUUCCUUUCAGGUUCGAGCCAGUAGGGAACCAGAGGAGCAAGGGGGAAAGGCUCUUCCUUUCUGCCUUUUCUAAAAAUGGGUGCAGGGUUUCCUUUUUCCAGUCACCUGGGACUUCACCUGAUGGGUUUUUUUACUGAUAAAGGGGAGCAAUUUCACAAGUAGCUGCAAUGGCACAAUGCAAAAGAUCUGUCAUACAACAGUUAAUAGAAGUUCCUGAUGUCCUUGAGAUAUACCCUUGUUAAUGCUCAUUUAUGCCUGAGAACCAAGAAAUAUCACUUUACAGCAUAUAAAUCUAUAUGCAUGUCAAUUCUUGAUAACAUGCAGAAAAUACUUAGCAGCAGAGUGAUAAAUCUGUUCCCCAGGGUACAGAACAAACAUAAAAAAGAAAUGAAAAAUAAUAAAUUCAAAGUAUUUACAGCAGAUGGAGCUAUACAUUUUGCUUUGAUCAUAUGUUAUAUGACAUUCCAAGACAAAGAGUAGUUUGCCAAGGACUGUGGUAAUCCAGUGGUACUGUCUCACCAAGGAAUGGAGUUAGCCACAAAAGGCAUCUCAUAAAUUGUUGCAAUUAGCUCUCCUGGAAAUAAUCCUUGUAACAUCAGUAAAAAUAGCAACUCAAGAAAAGAUUACCGCCAUAAAUUGGUGUCAUAAGAGAGAGCACAGCUCAAGUCAAAGGCUUUGCUAUACCCACUCACCAGUCUGAAGGUUCUCGUGCUCCUGCUGGCUUUGUUUACCGACCAAGUAAAAUGAGCCCUGAAGAGAGGAUGAAGGUCUCAGUUUACACCACCAAGAAUAUGUGUGAUGGCCACAGGUUAUCUUUAGGAGGUCUGGGCUCCUGCACAACCCAAGCGCAUACUCAGUGUGUACACAUAUGUAGGGCUCCUUAUCAGAAAUGAACCCUGUGCUUGUCUUUGUUGCUGCUAAGGUCCAGAUGGAUCCAGUGUUUCCAGCACUGCAUGUACAUAAUCUUCAAGCUACAAUAACUGUGAUUACACAACAAGGAUAAGGGAGAUUAUUUUUGAGUUUCUGUCAGAAUAACUUUUAUCCCAGAGUAGUUAAAAGAAAAGCAGUCAAA